AUGAAUCGACUCGACUCGCAGCAAGUUGACCGGCUAGCACCACUUGACAAUGCAUAUUUGAAGCUACGCAGUAUGCUCGAGUCUGGUUCUUUCAAUGAGCAGGCCGCCACGGCCGCGCAUGCCGCCUUCAACAACACUGUAGACAAACUCCGAGGUGCGACACGCUGCAGAUUGCUGCAACUUCCUGCCGAGCUCAGAAAUACCAUCUACGAGCUCGCAUUCACACCAGACCACCACGAAGACGAGGAUGUUGACCUCUUCGAAGCCAAGCCGCCGACGAAUGCGCUUCUGACCGCCUGCUCGCAGACCUACAACGAGGCGGCACAGAUCUACAAAGAGGCAUAUCGCAAGUACUGGACUACCACACCGUUCAGAAUCACCUCAGUUCAAGGACGCACAGGUGAGAAUCAAGGGAGCUGGCUGGGAGCGGCCCAGUACACCAGGCGCGAAAUAAUAGUGACGCCCACCCUCGCCACCUAUGAACAGAUCAUGAGCUUCAAGGACCUAGAUCUCGACCACAUCCCCCAGUUCACAUGUGUUGACUUCGGUGCUACUCCGUAUGAUGUCUGCUACUCACGUUGGAGCUUCGAAGGUGGGCAGUGGUACCUCACCGAGUGGGAGGAGGAACUCGAUAGUGGCGAUAUCUGGUAUGACACAAAAUUUAGUGACCCAGGCCCUUUCAUUGUGCGGGGGCGCAGCAUGGCGAAGGCCUUCCUCGCGCGGCAUGCUGCUACCUGGAUGGUACGGCAGCAGAUCGGAACAGCCAUACGGAAGUAA